GACACCGGGGAGAACCGGGGGACAUCGCGGGCACCGGGCGGGGAGGAACCCCGGGGGACCGUGUGAGGGAACCUGGGGACCGGGGGAACCGGGGAGUUCGGGCAGGACGGGGGAACAAACCCGGGUGGUCCCGCUGUGCCCGGGCCAGGCUCCCCGACCCCCGCGCCCACCGGUGUACCGGGGCUGUCCCCACAGCUGCCGCUCAGCCCCGGCUCUGCUCCCCGCUGCACCCCGGUCCCCGAGCCCCCCCGCUCCUCCCGGUCCCCUCCGCGCCCUCUCUUGUCCCGCCGGUGCUCCCGCCCCUCGGCCCCGCCCAUCCCGGUGUCCCCGCCCCCGGUGUCCCCGCCCCCGCCGCGGCGGGCAGGACCGUGCGGGCUGCGGGCUGGCACCGGGCCCGCCCAGCACCGGACCGGCACCGGCACCGGCCCCGGCAUCAGCCCCGAGCCCGGCGCAUGGCGGCCCCGGCAGCGGCCGGCACCGGAGGCAGCCGGUGAGCCCCGGUGACACUGCCGGUGACACUGCCGGUGGCACGGCCGGUGGCACGGCGGGACCAUGCAGGCGGAGGCCAGAGGGGAGUUCUGCAGCCGGGAGCAGCGCCCCGAGCUUGGCAAGGAGCCGCUGGUCCCGGAGCGCCCCGCAGGGACCCCCACGCACGGCCCGGCCCAGGAGCCUCCCCGAGUGCCCGCGGAGGAGCAGGGGGGCAUCCCCAUCCCCAGCGCCGGCCUGCUGCAGGUCACCGAGCGCCGACAGCCGCUGAGCAGCGUGUCCUCGCUGGAGGUGCACUUCGACCUGCUGGACCUGACCGAGCUGACCGACAUGUCGGACCAGGAGCUGGCCGAGGUCUUCGCCGACUCCGACGAGGAGAACGCGGCCGGAGAGACGCCCGGCGGUGAGCGGGGCUCCGGGGCCGCCGCUCCCGGCGUGUCCGCCCGCCCCGGGGCGCCGCUGACCGCGCACCCGGCCGUGCGUCCCGCAGGGCUGCAGCCGCCGCCGCCGCCGCGGGCCGGGUACCUGCGCUCGCCCUCCUGGACCCGCGCGCGGGAGCAGGGCCGGGACAAGAAGCACCUGAGUGACCCCGAGCUGCCGCCGGGACCGCCGGGACCCCCGGACGCCUUCCUGCCCGCCGAGCGCCCGCGGGAGCCGUAGGGACAGACCCGCCGGGGACACCGGGACGCGCCGCUGCUGGUCCCGUCGGUACCGAUGGAGCCCGGCCCCGGGCGCAGGACUCCCGUUAGCCCGCCCGGAGGGCACAGGCGGCCCCGGCCCCGCGGCGGGGACGAUCCGGGCUGCCCUCAGCCGGUGGCCCCAGCCCCGGGGGGAAACCGGGCCGGUCCCGCCGGCCCCCGGGAGCGGCACGGCCUUGGUUACCGGGAGCGGCGGAGGGGGCGGCACGGGCCGGGACGCACGGCUCAGCGCGGCCCGACGGAGCGCGGCCAGUGCCGGUGCCCGCCCGGUUCUGAUGUAGCAGUGCUGUGAUCCGGUAAAACCGACCGACCGACCGACCCACC